UCACCUAAUCCUUACCCCACAACCAAAACAAUGUCAAAAAUCAAAAAGUCACUUGGUCACUCCAUGUCUCAACUCCUCACAAGUCACACUCAAAUACACUAAACAGAUAAAACGAAAGAGAAAAUGGGAUCUAAUAGAACUCAAUUUGGCCUAAUUAAUGGCAUCAUCUGUGUGCUCCUGAUGACACCCAAUUUGGGGUUAUCAGUAGCAUUAAGUAGCACCAUCAAUAUCAACCGCCAAUACGAAAAUGAAUGUGAUUUUCCAGCCAUUUUCAACUUCGGUGAUUCAAACUCUGACACUGGUGGCCUCUCCGCUGUGUAUGGGCAGGCCCCUCCGCCCUAUGGCAAAACCUUCUUUGGUGCUCCUGCUGGCCGUUACUGCGAUGGUCGCCUCAUUAUUGAUUUCUUAGCUAAAAGUUUAGGAUUACCAUAUUUGAGUGCAUAUCUAGACUCAAUAGGGACAAAUUUUAGCCAUGGAGCCAACUUCGCAACAGCAGGUUCCACAGUGAGACCUCAAAACACAUCCAAAUCUCAGAGCGGAUACAGCCCUAUUUCAUUGGACGUCCAAUAUGCUGAAUAUUCCAACUUCCGCAAAAGAUCCCAAAUAGUCCGUAAACAAGGAGGAGUUUUCAGAGAGUUGUUACCGAAAGAAGACUAUUUCACUCGUGCUCUCUACACCUUUGAUAUUGGGCAAAAUGACCUUACUGCUGGCUACAAACUUAACAUGACCUCUGAGCAGGUCAAGGCAUACAUCCCUGAUGUUCUCCAUCAGUUCUCCAAAGUUGUAAAGGGUGUUUAUGGUCAAGGAGGAAGAUCAUUUUGGAUCCACAAUACAGGUCCAUUGGGCUGCCUACCAUAUAUGUUAGACCGCUUUAACCUCACCGCUGUGCAAAUUGAUCAAUCAGGAUGUGCAAUCCCGUUAAAUGAGGUUUCUCGGUACUACAACAGUUUGCUGAAAGAAGUUGUGGUUCAGCUAAGGAUGGAUUUGCCUUUGGCGGCAAUCACAUAUGUUGAUAUAUAUUCUCUCAAAUAUACCCUAAUCACCCAAGCCAAAAAAUAUGGUUUUGAUAAACCUUUGGUAGCUUGCUGUGGUAUCGGGGGAAGAUACAACUACAACAACACAAUGAGAUGUGGAAGCACGGAGAUGGUGGGUGGCAAAGAUAUUUUGAUUGCGAAAUCGUGCAAUAAUCCCUCCGCACGAGUGAAUUGGGAUGGUAUUCAUUAUACUGAGGCAGCUAACAAAUGGUUAUUUGAUCAAAUAACCAGAAAUUCUUUAUACUUGGACCCACCAAUUUCGUUGGAAAUGGCUUGUCACAAGUCCAAGUAAAGGGGUGACUAGUGACUAGUGACUAGUGACUAGUAAGAAUUGAAGUGAGAAUGUUUCAGUUUAAGUUUGCUCGACAAACCAUUAUUUUAUGUGAAUGAAUUUGAAUCUUACAUGAAUAAAGAUUAUAUGAAUCGUCUUGAAUUA